AUGCAAAACCCAACCCUAUCAACCACAACAACCUACCUAACCUGCUCAACCUGCCACACAAACCUCUGCUUCACCUCCUCCGUAAUCUCCAAAGGUUUCACGGGUCGUCACGGAAGAGCAUACUUAGUCUCCUCCCUCCUCCCCACGAACAUAAUCCACGGUAAACCCACAAGUAGGGCAUUACAAACCGGUGCUCACACCGUCAGCGAUAUCAGCUGUAAGAUCUGUGGGAGUAAUCUGGGUUGGAAGUAUAUCUAUGCCGAGGAACGGGCGCAGAGGUAUAAAGUUGGGAAAUAUAUUUUGGAAACUGGAAGGGUUCGGAAGGUUAAUUAUUGGGAUGGGAGGGUUGGUGAUGGGUUGGAUGAACAUGGGAGGAGGAAAGGUGAAAAGAAGGGGAAUGGUAAUGGGAAGGUCGGGUGGGAACCUGGAUGGGAGGAUUUGGGGGACGACGAUGGUGAUGGGGAGGGGGUUGAAGUCGAUUUGGCGGAUGAAGAGGAGUUGGAGGCUAUGUUUGCGGGUAAUUGGAAUAAGGAUAAAGCGCUGAGGAGGAGGGAGAGGAGGAGGCUGGCUGAGGAGGCGAGGAGGAAGGUUGAUUCUAAUGUUUGA